GGCCGGGACCCUCCGCGGUGCCCCCGGGACCCCCGGCAGCCCCUGCCCGCGGAGCCCAGCGACCCCGGCGCCCUCCGGCCCCGGGCUGCCCCGCGGAGCUGCCCCGGGCUGGCCCCGUGUCCGCGGGGUGUCCCCGGGCACCGCUGACCCGGGGUGUCCCCAAGUCCCUGCGAUGCUCAUGGGCACGUCUUCCCCGAGAUGUCCCUGUGUCCCGGCUGCCCCCAAGGACCUGCCCCGGGCUGUCCGUGUGUCCACGGGAUGUCCCUGGGCACCUCUUCCCUGAGAUGUCCCCGGGGACCUGAUCCACGAUGUCCCCCAGGAUUUCCCUGAGCACCCAUGACCUGGGAUGUCCCCAGGUCCCUGCAAUGCUUCUGGGCACCUCUGACCUGAGAUGCCCCUGUGUCCCCAGGCUGCCACCAGGGACCUGACCUAGGAUGUCCCCGUGUCCCCAGGAUUUUCCCGGGCACCUCUGACCGGGGAUGUCCCCAGGAUGUCCCUGGGCACCCCUGACCCAGGGUGACCCCAGGAUGUCCCUGGGCACCCCUGACCCGGGAUGGCCUCAGAAUGUCCCUGGUCACCUCUGACCCGGGAGGGCCCCAGAAUGUCCCUGGGCACCCCUGACCCGGGAUGGCCUCAGAAUGUCCCUGGUCACCCCUGACCCGGGAGGGCCCCAGAAUGUCCCUGGGCACCUCUGACCUGGGAUGGCCCCAUGUCCCUGGAAUGUCCCUGGGCACCCCUUCUCCAGGCUGCCCUGUGUCCCUGGCUACUCCCUGCCCACCCAGCCCCAUCCCGUUCCCAGGAGUUCCUGCCUGGGCAGACCCAGGGAAGACCCCACAAGGGAUGGGGACAUGGGGUGCUGGGGAGCAGGUCCCCUGGUGCUGGCCGGUGUCCCAUGGGGGCAGUGACUGGUGCUGACUCUGUGGCUGCCGUGGCGGCACUGCAGUCCCUCCCCAGCCCACCCAGCCCAAGGGACACAUUCCAUCCAGCGGCACCGGCAGAGCCACCUCGUCUGCCCCUCAUCGACCCCCAGGCCUGUCCCCGCCCGGAGCUCAGACCGGGCCCCAGCAGCUCCGUCCUGCCUGGGCAGCACCGGCCGCUGGCACAGGGUGGCCGUGGUGGUGGCCAUGGGGCAGGUGCCCAGUGGUGCCAGGGCUGGGGGGCAGCGCUGCGGGGCAGUGGUGGGGGUCACACGUGGGGGUCCCCGAUGGGCAGCAGCAGGAGAAAACACCCGAUCGGGGGGACCAGCACCUGCUGUGGGGCCGGGUCUCCAGGCACGACCCGGGGGGGUGACCAAGGGCACCCUCCCACCCGCGCCCUCCCCACGGCCCAGGUGCAGGAGUGGAACGUGGACGCCCCCCACCUGAUGCCGCUGCAGCCGCCACUGCUGCCGGAGCGGGCGCACGUGCGGGAGGCGCAGCUGCACUCCGCGGAGGCCUCGCUCUGGACCGUGGUGGCCACGGUGCAGGCGAUGGAGAGGAAGAUCGACCUCCUGGCCACCCGCCUGCUCAGCCUGGAGGGCCGGUCGGGCACGGCCGAGAAGAAGCUGCUGGACUGCGAGAAGACGACCAUGGAGUUUGGGAACCAGCUGGAGAGCAAGUGGGCCGUGCUGGGCACCCUCAUCCAGGAGUACGGGCUGCUCCAGCGGCGCCUGGAGAACGUGGAGAACCUGCUGAAGAACAGAAACUUCUGGGUGCUGCGGCUGCCCCCCGGCCCCCGGGGCGAGGUCCCCAAGGUGCCGGUGACGUUUGUUGACAUUGCCGUCUACUUCUCGGCGGAGGAGUGGAAGAAUUUGGAGGAGUGGCAGAAAGAGCUGUACAACAACCUGGUGAAGGAGAACUACGAGUCUUUGAUCUCCCUGGACGGUGCCAUGUCCAGAAACGAGGCGCAGCCCCGCGGGGAGCGCGGGGACGGACCCUGCAUCCCCGAGCAGAGGGACCUGGAGCAGAGGGAGCUGCCGCCGGACGCCUGUGCGGAGCCGCUGAUCUCCACGUCCGACAUCCUGUCGCGGAUCAAGCAGGAGGUGGCCUUCGUGGGGGAGCAGCAGUUUGCGGAGGAGCGGGGGAUGCCGGCGGACCCCUGUGCGGGCGCGGAUGCCCUGAUCACGGCGCACGACUUCUUGUCGUGGAUCAAGCAGGAGGAAGAGCCGUGUGUCCGCGAGCCCUGGGAGCUGCCGGACAGGGAGAUGCUGCCGGGUCCUGGCCCCGCAGCUGGCGAGGGGCUGCUGGUGAAGACGGAGGAGCGGUGUCCCCACGCCGAGCCCCCCGAGGAGGUGGGUUUGCCAGGUGGCUCUGGGGAGCUGCUCUUCCCCGGCGCCGGCUUCGGGAGCCCCGAGGGACAGGCAGCGGUGACGGCAGCGGUGACAACAGCGGCGGCUCUGCCGGCACAGCACAGACUGGGCAAAGCCCCGGACCCGGGGGCCGAGGUGGCCGUGGGGGUCCCCAGCGCGACGCCGGGACCCGCCGAGGAGCGUCCGCACGGCUGCGCCGAGUGCGGGAAGAGCUUCAGCGGGAAGAAGAGCCUGCGGAUCCACCAGCGCAGCCACGCGGCCGAGCGGCCCUACCCCUGCGCCGAGUGCGGCAAGAGCUUCAACUGCCACUCGGGGCUGGUGCGGCACCAGAUGAUCCACCGCGGCGAGCGGCCCUACAAGUGUGCCGAGUGUGGCAAGUGCUACAGCCGCAAGGAGCACCUGCAGAACCACCAGCGGCUGCACACGGGUGAGCGGCCCUUCGCCUGCGCCGCCUGCGGCAAGAGCUUCAUCCGCAAGCAGAACCUGCUCAAGCACCAGCGCAUCCACACCGGCGAGCGGCCCUACCAGUGCCCGGCCUGCGGCCGCAGCUUCCGCUACAAGGAGUCGCUCAAGGAUCACCAGCGGGUCCACGGGGCCGAGGGGGGGCCCCCGCCGCUGCCCCCCCCCGGCAUUCUGCCCCCCGGGGAUCUGUUGGUGAGGAAGAGCCGUCUGUGUCUGGAGGCAGAGCCGCGCGGCCGGCCCCGGCGUCGCCCCCGGCCGCGGUUCCCCAUGGGGCUUCGGCUGGGCACGGUGGUCUCUGCCCAGCCGGCGGUCCCGGCCUGGGGCUCGGGGAAGUUAGGCUCGGCUUUGGGCUGCUCCAGCAGCGGGCUGGGCUCCGGCCGCGGCUCGGCCGGCGGCGCCUGGCUCUGCCGGGCGCUGGCGCGCUCCUGCCGCAGGUACCGCAGCUCGUCGCGGAUGUCCGUCAGGACGCCCAGCAAGCGGAACUGCAGCUCGCGGUCGCGGGCCCGUUCCUCGCGCUGGGUGGCUCGUUCCUCUUGCCACAUGGCCAGCUCCUGGUGGUACAGCUGGUCCCACUGCUCCUCCAGGUCCAGCAAGUGGUGGAUGUUAGUCCUCCAGCUCUCGCGGCGCUCCUCGCGCAGGCGGGAGCAGCCCAGGCGGCGCGGGGGGCCGGGGGCGGCGGGGGCGUCGCCCGGCGGGGAGGCGGAGGAGGGCAGCGACUCCUCGGUCAGGGCGCCGUGCAGCGGGGAGCGCGGCGGGGGCUCUUCCUCGGCCGGCGGCUUCUCCCAGGUGGGGCCCAUCAGUACCCUGGGCAAAGCGCCCAUCUCCGGGCCCCCCGCCUGCUCCUCGGGGUGCGAGGAGUCGAGCCCGCGCGCCAGCUCGGACACCCCUUCGUGGCCCCAGUCCGAGGGAGCGUCCACGGGGUUGAGAGGGUCCUCGGGCAGCGAGGUGACGGAGCCCUGGGAGCUGCAGCGGCGGAUCAGCAUGGCCUGGCGGGACAGUUUCAUGUCUUCCUCGGCAGACGUGGGGGCCUCGGGCGCCGGCUGCGUCCCCGUGGCCCCGCCGUGGCCCCGCUCCACCUCCCGGCCCUCCCGUUCCUCCUCCUCCGACAUGGAGGCGGCGCUGAAAUGCCGGACCACAUUCCAGACCAGCGUCUCAGUCUCGUCAUUGGAGAAGUUGGCCUUCCUCUUCCGGCCAGACGCUGGCAUCGCCUGCGAGGCUGCGGCAGAGGUGGAAGGGGCACAAUUGAACCUCGGUCCCCACUCCUCUCUGUCGGCUCCUGGGGGGAACAUGGGGCUGCGGGAGCCCGAGGGAGCCGCGGAGGAGGGAGCCGAAGCAACAGCCCCCGAGGCAUCCAUGCUCGUAGAAGGCCUGGAAGAGCUCUGGAGAGGUGGCCCGGCACUCCAGGUACCGCCGCAGCGUGGCCAGGCUCCCCCAGACCUCCCGCUCCGAGGGGCAGGGCUGCACCGCUGCCGGUUCUCCCGUGUCCUCUGCCAUCCCCUCAUCCCCGUCCGCCUGCUCCUCAUCGCGCUCCAGCUCCUCGUCCAUCAGCGCGCGGUGGUCCAGCUGCUCAUGGCCGAACGCCAGGGCCUCGGUGUCGGCGCUGAUGCCGGCGGCACGGAAGCAGCUGGUGAUGAGCCCCGCAUGCACGUCGCCCCAGGCUUGCGCCAGCAUGUGCAGGACAUCCAGGAGGGUUGGCUGCCCCGUGCUGCACUCCACCGGUGGCCACCGCAGCAGCCGGCGCCGGUAGUGGCCCUUGAGGUCGCUGGUGAUGCCACGGUCCAGGGGCUGGGCCAGUGUGGCAGCCGGUGGCACGAACACCAUCCUGAUGUUGGAGAGCUGGAGGUACGGGUGCGCCUCGUGCUUGGCGAGGAGGAGGAGGAUGCUCUUCCCCCGCCGCCGCAUCCCCUCGUUGAGCUCCUGCAGCCACUCGGUGAACAGGGACGCCGUCACGGCGGCCAGGCUGCCGGCACGGUAGCUCCAGGGCAUCUGCCCCAGGUUGACCGCACGCAGGCAGCGGGGCCGGGGGGUGUCCCCCACCACCCGCAGCGGCACCUUCUCCGAGCCGUCGGCGUUGGCGCAGAGCAGCAGCGUCAGCCGGUCGCCGGUGCUCUCACCAGUGGGAUCUGGGGCUGCGACACCCCGAAGCGCUUGGCCAGCUCGUUCUGCGACACCUUGGGCCCCUCCAGCAUCUCCAGCACCCGCACCUUCUCCGUCAGCGACAGCUCCUUCCGCUCCUUCCGCGGUGCCGCUGCCGGGCCCCCCUCUGCCAGCCCCGGGGCCCGGCCGUGGCUGCCCGUGGCCCCCGUCUCGCCGAAGCCUCUCCCGCAGCGGCCGCAGGAGCUGGACUGGAGGAUGGAGUCGCAGGAGCUGGCCCUGGAGCAGCCGCUGGCCGCCCCCGAGCAGAGCCCCGGCGCCAAGCCCGAGUCCCCGGCCGAGGAGCUCUCCCUGACGCUGGUCACCGAGAUCCAGACCGUGGACAGGAAGGUGGACACGCAGGCCGCCCAGCUCAUGAACCUGGAGGGCAGGAUGAGGAUGGCGGAGACGAAGCUGAUCGGCUGCGAGAAGACGGCGGUGGAAUUCGGGAACCAGCUGGAGAGCAAGUGGACAGCGCUGGGCACCCUCAUCCAGGAGUACGGGCAGCUGCAGCGGCGCCUGGAGAACAUGGAGAACCUGCUGAAGAACAGAAACUUCUGGAUCCUGCGGCUGCCCCCUGGGGCGAAGGGAGAAGUCCCCAAGGUCCCCGUGGCGUUCAAUGAUGCUUCGUUUAACUUCGAGGAGGAGGACUGGAAGAGCCUGAACGAGUGGCAGAAGGAGCUCUACAGGCACAUCAUGAAAGGAAACUACGAGGCCGUCAUCUCGAUGGAUGCUGCCAUUUCAAAGCCCGACCUCCUGUCCCGCAUUGAGCAAGGCGAGGAUCCCGGUGCGGAGGAUCAGGAUGACUCGGAGGGAGGAGAGUCCCCCACAGAGCCUAGCACCGAGUUUUCCUUUCCUGGUCCCAAUGACAGCUCGUGGAGUAAAUACGAAGACACUCUGGUGGAAAGCCACGAGGGCUCCGAGGAAGAGGAGAGCAUGGAGGUCCCUGGUAGCUAUGAACAGCAGUGUGACGAGGAAGAUCCCGAAAGCCUCAAGCUCUCCGACUCCUUGUCAGGAAAGUGGGAAGAAGUUUUCUCGAGCCCGGAAGAAGAGAUGAAGCCAAGCGGCAAGAACCGCAGCGGAUCGGCCCCGCAGCAGAGAACCGCGACGGGCAACGGGCUGAGGCGUUCCGCUCGCCGGGGGAGGGACUUGGCCAAGAAGGACGUUCCCGAGGACCUGGCCGCGGUGGAGGGGCCGUACAUCUGCUGCGAGUGCGGGCAGAGCUUCCUGGACAAGGAGCUCUUCACCGCCCACCAGAAAGCGCACGCCGAGGAGGAGGCCUGCACGUCGCUGGAGCACGGAGAAGCCUUCCGGCAGAAAGCCAAAGCCACCCCUACGAAAGCCCAGGGGCCCUCCCGCUCCAAACCCUCCAAGCGCCCCGACGGGGAGAAAAGCUCCGGUUUCAAGUACGGCUUCGUCCGGCACCAGGUGAACAACACGGUGGAGAGGCCCUACACCUGCUCGCAGUGCAAGGAGAGCUUCAGCCUGGAAGUCAGCCUGAUCCUGCACCAGAAGCUGCACACCGGGAAGGGCGACGGGCCGCUGACGUGCACCUACUGCGGGAAGGACUUCCGAGACCUCUCCAAAGCCAUCCGGCACCAGCGCAUCCACACCGGCGAGCGGCCCUACCAGUGCACGGCCUGCGGCAAGAGCUUCAUCCGCCGCGACCACCUCAUCAAACACUGGCGGGUCCACACCGGGGAGACCCCCUACCAGUGCCCCGUCUGCGGGAAGCAUUUCCGCUACAAAGAGUCUCUCAACUGCCACCAGAAAAUCCACUCCCGCAACCCGCCGCCCAUGGAGGAUUCGCAGCACAGUCUGGAGUCGGCGACCCAAACCGGCGAUUUCUGCGUGAAAAAAGAAACUAAGGAUGCCUCUCCAGUCCCCCCCAGUCCUCUGCAGUUCCCCCGGCCCCUCGCUGCUCUCUCCCCCCCCCCGCCUUUCCCCAGUGCCCCCCAGUUUCUCCCAGUCUCCCCAGUUCCCCUCGCAGCCCCGCGGGCCCGAUCCCGGACCCCCCCCCCGCUCCCCGGUGCGUUCCCGCGCGGCGGGGCCGGGCGGUGCCGGCGGGGGGGCCCCGACGGUGGCGCGGUGAUGCCGUCGGUGCGGCAGGGGGCGCUCGGUGGCGGCGGGUGUCCCGCUCCGCCCCGCCCGGCGCGGCCCCCGGCGCGGCCCGCGCGCGGCGGCGGUGGCCCGCCCGCCCCCUGCCGGCUCGGCGGGGCAGCGGCGGGGCCGGAGCGCCCAGCGCGGAGCGGCGGAGCCGGGACCCGGAGCCGCGCUCGGUCUCUCGCCGCCGCUCCCCCCCCGCCCCCCGGCCCCGUUCCCUUCCCUCCCCCGGUCGGGUCGGGCCGGGCCGCGCCCCGCCCCGCCGCACCGCCCCGCCGCGCCCCCGCCCCGCCGCGCCGCGCCACCCCGGGCCCAGCCCGAUGCCCGGCGGCGGGCGGAGGUGAAGCAGCGAGCGGGCGCUGGAUCCUCCCGGCCGCGGCCCCCGGGGCCCCGGGCAGGGAACAAAGGGCCAUGGCCGAGGGGGCUCCCGCUCAGGAGCCGGUGCUGCCGCCGCGCUGCCCCUCGCCCCCGCGGCCCGAGCGCACCUCGGAGCGGGAGACGCAGACGGCCGAGCUGUCCCUGACGGUGGUGGCGGCCGUGCAGGCGGUGGAGAGGAAGGUGGACUCGCACUCCACCCGCCUGCUCGACCUGGAGGGUCGGACGGGGAUGGCCGAGAAGAAGCUGAUCGACUGUGAGAAGACGGCGGCGGAGCUGGGGAACCAGCUGGAGAGCAAGUGCGCGGCGCUGGGCACCCUCAUCCAGGAGUACGGGCUGCUCCAGCGGCGCCUGGAGAACAUGGAGAACCUGCUGAAGAACAGAAACUUCUGGAUCCUGCGGCUGCCACCGGGCAGGAAGGGGGAAGUCCCCAAGGUGCCGGUGACGUUUGACGACGUGUCCGUCUACUUCAACGCCAAGGAAUGGGAGAAGCUGGAGGAGUGGCAGAAGGAGCUGUACAAGAACGUGAUGAAGGGGAACUACGAGUCGCUCAUCUCCCUGGACUAUGCAAUUUCCAAACCUGGCGUUCUGUCUCAGGUUGAGCAAGGAGAGGAGCCGCGGGUCAGGACCGAGCAGGACUUGGAGGAGAGCGAGAUCAUGACCGAUGCCACCGCAGCUGGUAUCAGGGUUGUGAUCAAAACGGAGGAGCUCCUUCCUGAAGACAGCCCCGAAAACGCCGAGCUGCGCGGGAUGUCGGGGCAGUCGGAGGGCAGCUUCCAGAGCCCGGACGAGGAGGCCGCCUGCGAGAGCCCCUACGGCUCCGUGUCCCCCCCGAGGGACCUGCCGGGAACCAGCCUGGGCGACUCCUCCGAGUACGGAGCCGAUUUCAACGAGAUCCAGAGAGUGAUUGUUCACCACGGGAGCUGCACGGAGGACGGAGUCGUGAUCAAGACGGAGGAGGAGGAGGAGGAGGAAGACGACCCCGACACCCUGGAGCCGUGCGCCAUGUUCUCGGGCAGGAGCGAGCCGCCGCCGUUCCCCGGCCACGAGCCCGGGCUGGGCCGCGAGCCGCAGCGCAGCUCCAAACCGCCGCCGCGGAGCCUGGCGGCCGCGCGCGUGGGGAAACCCCCGGCCUGCGACAGGGACCCCGCGGAGAUGAAACCGGCCCUCGCCCAGCAGCGGAACCGCACCAGGGAGAGACCCUACAUCUGCCCCGAGUGCGGGAAGAGCUUCAUGCUCAAGAUCAACUUCAUGAUCCACCAGCGCAACCACCUCAAGGAAGGGCCCUACGAGUGCCACGAGUGCGACCUCAGCUUCCGCAACAAGCAGCAGUUCCUGCUGCACCAGCGCAGCCACACGCGCCGCGGCGUGGGGGUCCCGCGGCGCCCCGAGCACGGCCUCAAGCCCCAGGCGCGGCCGCCGCCGCCGGGGAAGCCCUACAAGUGCUCCGAGUGCGAGAGCAGCUUCAGCCACAAGUCGAGCCUCAGCAAGCACCAGAUCACCCACGUCGGGGAGCGGCCCUUCACCUGCGGCGAGUGCCGGAGGAGCUUUCGCCUGCAGAUCAGCCUCAUCAUGCACCAGCGGAUCCACGCCGGCAAGAACGAGAUGGCUUUUCUCUGCCCCCAGUGCGGGAAGAACUUCACCCGGCCCUCCCACCUCCUGCGGCACCAGCGGACUCACACCGGCGAGCGGCCCUACCAGUGCAGCCAGUGCGAGAAGACCUUCAGCGAGAAGUCCAAGCUCACCAACCAUUACCGCAUCCACACCCGGGAGCGCCCGCACGCCUGCGCCGUCUGCGGGAAGGGCUUUAUCCGCAAACACCACCUCCUGGAGCACCAGCGCAUCCACACGGGCGAGCGGCCCUACCACUGCAGCGAGUGCGGCAAGAACUUCACCCAGAAGCACCACCUCCUGGAGCACCAGCGGGCGCACACCGGCGAGCGGCCCUACCCCUGCACCGAGUGCACCAAGUGCUUCCGCUACAAGCAGUCGCUCAAGUACCACCUGAGGACGCACAUGGGAGAGUGAGGGGCUGCCCACGGCUUCCUCUCCCUCCCCUUCCUCCCUCCAUCCAUCCCUCCAGCCCUCCUCCUCCUCCGCUCAUCUCUCCCUCCAUCUCCCCCGACCCCUCACCCCCGGCUCAGGGCAUGGACAUCACGGAGGCUUUGUGUGGUAGCGCCGCUGCUCUGGUUGGAGACGGCUAGGUUGAUUGGAAAUAAAUUAAUUAAUUAAAGCAAGCUACGCGCGGCAAAGUUCAAAGGUUCUAUAUAUAUAAAAUUAACAGAAGCAGCUGAUUUAGGGGGAAUCCUCACCAUCAAAAAAAAAAAAACAAACACAAAAAAAGGCAAACAAACCGACAACAAAAACAACCUGUACAGGGUGUUUUGCCGGAGUAGGACUCAAAACUGCUUUUUCAAUCUACUGUUUGGGGUUUUUUUUUUAAUAAAUGUGGCGGAACUUUUUAUUUGAUAAGCAAACUUAGGAUCGCCGAGAUAUUUUUUGGUUUGUUUCGAUGCUCUGUGGGCCGAUUCCGGCACAGUCGCUUCUGCCCGGGAGGUGCGCGGAGACGCUGCCUCGGCCCGGCUCCCGGGGUGGACGCGGCGGCCGCUCAGCGGCGCGUGUGCCAGGGAGCCAGGCAGGUGAGUACGAGCCAGAUCCGGGUGGCGAGGAAGUUCUCCGCGUGUCUAGAAUCGAAGCGCUGAUAGGUGCCUGCCCGGCUCUGGGGGCUGUGAUGCACUCGUGGAUUAUAGAAUAAAAUACUAGUUGCAGUAAAAGAACCUUUUUCUGGUAGGACCCCAUCAGCAAGGCUCCUCCAAACACUCAUUUCUAGCGCUUCAUCCUUCCGCAGCGGCAGACGCCUUCCCGGCGAGCGGCGGCCCCGGCGCUCCUGCCGCUAUGAGAGCCGCACCGAUGGCACCGCCGACCGGUUUGUAGCCGCGGGGUCACCAUGUACCUGCGCACGGGACGUCGCCCUGUUUAACUGCUCCUUUGCUCGCUUUGAAACGCGCGGGCAGCCCUCGGCCUCGCUGGUGGCAUCAACCGCGCGCUCCCGGCAGUGAGAGCAGCGGGAUCCUGCCCCGGACACAGGAGCAGGUCCUGGGCUGGCUCUGGAAAAGCCUCAGCCAGGUCGGGGCUGCCCACGGGGACCGUCCGGGGUCCCUCGCCGUGCCGCUGUGGCUGGAGCAGCGGUGGGUCGGUCUCCUCGCUGUCGGUUUGGGCUCCCGUCUCCACGGCUCGGCUCUCCGCAGUCCCGGGUCCCGGCGCUGGGCUGUGGCUGGGCCGGUGCAGCCGAAGGGCCGUGGCGGUGACGCCAGCUCCCCGCGGCGCACACCGGGCUCCUGGUGCCGUGCAGGAGCCGGCGUCGGAUCUCGUGUUGGACAGUGGCAUCAAUAAACAGAGCGAUGAUGGGAGAA